GCCGUUCCAGCGACUUUCAGACUUCACAUCGCCUUUCACUAGAGCGGUCACCCGCGGCUGAAACUCAGUUUUCUUCGGUCUUUGCCCUGAAUCUUCUGUUUUCGGCCUCUAGAACCGAGUUAGAAAUGGGGACGUCGGUUCAGAUAACCCCACUCUGUGGAGUAUACAACGAGAACCCUCUCUCCUACUUAGUCUCAAUCGACGGCUUCAACUUCUUAAUGGACUGUGGCUGGAAUGACCUCUUUGACCCCUCCCUUCUUCAACCCCUCUCCAGGGUUGCUUCGACGAUUGAUGCCGUGUUGCUCUCUCAUCCCGACACGCUUCACCUUGGCGCUCUUCCGUAUGCUAUGAAACAUUUCGGACUCUCGGCUCCGGUAUAUUCCACUGAACCGGUUUAUAGAUUAGGCCUUCUCACUAUGUACGAUCAGUAUCUCUCUCGCAAGCAAGUAUCUGAGUUCGAUUUGUUCACCUUGGAUGACAUUGAUUCUGCUUUCCAGAUUGUAACUCGGUUAACCUACUCGCAGAACUAUCAUUUAUCUGGAAAAGGUGAGGGUAUUGUGAUUGCUCCUCAUGUUGCUGGCCAUCUAUUGGGUGGUACUGUUUGGAAGAUAACAAAGGACGGAGAAGAUGUCAUAUAUGCUGUAGACUUCAACCGACGCAAAGAGAAGCAUUUAAAUGGAACUGUUCUGGAGUCUUUUGUUCGACCUGCUGUUCUUAUAACUGAUGCCUACAAUGCUUUGAACAAUCAACCUCCUAAACCGCAAAGGGAAAGGGACAGAGAUUUUGUUGACAUCAUUUCAAGGACUUUAGAAGGUGGUGGAAAUGUGUUACUACCUGUCGAUACUGCUGGUCGUGUCUUGGAACUUCUCUUGGUUUUAGAAGAGCACUGGUCAAUGAAGUUUUUGAACUUCCCCAUCUACUUUCUGACAUAUGUUUCAUCAAGCACUAUUGAUUAUGCAAAGAGUUUUCUUGAGUGGAUGAGUGAUGCUAUAGCUAAAUCCUUUGAAACUUCACGUGAUAAUGCCUUUCUCCUGAAGCAUGUCACUCUUUUAGUCAGCAAGGGUGAACUUGAUAAAGUUCCAGAUGGUCCUAAGGUUGUACUAGCAUCCAUGGCCAGCUUGGAAGCGGGUUUUUCUCAUGAUAUUUUUGUUGAAUGGGCAGCAGAUGUCAGAAAUCUCAUUCUUUUUACUGAAAGGGGUCAGUUUGGCACAUUAGCUCGUAUGCUCCAGGCAGAUCCACCUCCAAAAGCUGUUAAGGUCACAAUGUCUAAGCGGGUUCCUUUGACUGGGGAGGAGUUGAUUGCUUAUGAAGAAGAGCAAAACCGGUUGAAAAAAGAAGAAGCUUUAAAAGCUAGUCUCAUCAAAGAGGAGGAAUCUAAAACUUCUCUUGCUUCUGAUAAUUCAAGUGAUCCAAUGGUUAUCGAAAUUCAUAAUAAGCAUUCUUCAUUAGAUGGGUUAGAUCAACAUGGGAGCAAAUUCCGUGAUGUUCUGAUUGAUGGAUUUGUACCCCCAUCCUCUAGUGUUGCCCCAAUGUUCCCUUUCUAUGACAAUACUUCUGAUUGGGAUGACUUUGGUGAGGUCAUAAAUCCUGAUGAUUAUGUAAUAAAGGAUGAAGAUAUGGACCAAGCAGCUAUGCGUAUUGGUGGGGAUAUGGAUGGAAAACUUGAUGAAGGCUCUGCUAGUUUGAUACUUGACACAACACCUUCAAAAGUCAUAUCUAAUGAGUUAACUGUUCAAGUGAAGUCUUCACUUAUUUACAUGGACUAUGAGGGGCGUUCGGAUGGUCGGUCUGUCAAAUCAAUCCUUGCUCAUGUGGCUCCAUUAAAGCUUGUCUUUGUGCAUGGAUCAGCAGAGGCAACAGAGCAUUUGAAGCAACACUGCUCGAAACACAUUUGUCCUCAUGUUUAUGCUCCCCAAAUUGAAGAAGCAAUUGAUGUCACAUCUGAUCUAUGUGCUUAUAAGGUACAAUUAUCUGAGAAGCUGAUGAGCAAUGUGCUCUUUAAAAAGUUAGGAGAUUAUGAAAUAGCUUGGGUGGAUGCUGAAGUAGGAAAGACAGAAAAUGACAUGCUCUCUUUACUACCCCUAUCGACGCCAGCUCCGCCACAUAAAUCUGUGGUCGUAGGUGAUCUGAAAAUGUCGGAUUUCAAGCAGUUUCUUGCCAGUAAGGGUGUCAAGGUAGAAUUUGCUGGAGGGGCGCUGCGAUGUGGUGAAUACGUGACAUUACGCAAGGUUGGGGUUGCAAAUCAGAAGGGUGGUGGUUCUGGUACACAGCAAAUUGUAAUAGAGGGCCCCUUGUGCGAGGAUUACUACAAGAUACGGGAAUAUCUAUAUUCCCAGUUUUACUUACUUUAGGUUGUGUAAUGAAAUAUACAACGCGAUGGCGGAUGGGCUUCGCUCUUUCUCCCCCUUAUUUUGCGAGCUCUGAUAUCGAACAACCACCCCUUAUUCCGGGAGCUUAUGGAGGGCGGAAAGCAUGGCGUUGGUGAGGUGCAUAAAUUAGUUACUGUUUUCCCUUUUGCCUCUUCCUUUUGCAUCACUUAGACGGUAAGGGCAUAUAUAUGUAUUUC